AACACUACUAAUCAAAGAGUCAAAAUCAGAUUAGAAAUAGGCAAAUUUUUAGGUUUUAGUUGGCCCCGUAACGUGAGAUUCCUAUAACUAAGUGGCUGUAAUACGGGCCGCGAGUGAUAAGUAGUGAUUGAAAUAAAUAAGAUGCUGGAGUGGAUAUACAUCAGUGAGGGCGAGCACAUAACCGAAUUGCAUAACAAUUGUGCGACGGCGACGACGGUGACGGGACAUUGAUUCCGAUUUCCGAAUCGCGAAUCCGCACUCCGCAGUGUGCUCUGGGCUCGAGUGGCUCUAGGCACAGCGCCAGCAGCAUCAUCGCGGGGAUAUGGCCGUGUUUUUGAUCAACAUCUGCAAAUUUAAUGGCUGCGGAAUCACGUUUCCAAGUCUGGGCGAUCUAAUUCAGCACAUCGAGGAUACCCAUAUCGACUAUGACCCCAAGGUCAUAGAGCAGAAGGAGCAAGCCCAGCCAGCGUGUCUGCCGCUCAGCUAUGUGCUGCGCUUCAUCACGGAUGCGGCCGCGCGAAAGGAGGCGCCCUUCCUCAACAACAACACCACCGGGGCCGAGUUGAAGCGGAAGCUGGCGAUCAAGCACCACAGCUACAGUAUGUCGUCCUCGAAUCGGAGCAACACGCCAACGGGGAGUGAAUUGGACGAGGACGAAAUUAUCAUUUCUGAGUCGGAAGACAGUAAUGACUCGUGGACGACAGAAGAAUUCAGCUCGGAAUUUAUCAUGCGUUAUGGAAGCAGGCAUUCCGGAACAGGUAGCGGUGGAGCGGCAAAUGAAAAACCAUUUGCUUGUCCGGUGCCCGGAUGUAAGAAGCGUUACAAGAAUGUGAAUGGCAUCAAGUAUCAUUCAAAGAAUGGUCACAAGAAGGACGGAAAAGUGCGGAAAGGCUACAAAUGUCAUUGCGGUAAAAGUUAUAAAACGGCACAGGGCUUAAAGAGUCAUGCCCUUGGGGCACACAAUUCAACCACGCCGGAAAACGUAGCCGCUGUGAAUGUAACCAAUAUUACGGCACGCAGUACGUCACCAUCGCAAUCGGUUGGCUCGCUCAGUCCGUCGAGUAUAAGUAAUCUGUCCGGAAGCAGCAAUAGUGGCAACAACUUCAACAGUAGCCUGAACCAAAGUCAACAACAGUCGCCAAAUUCUAGCUUAACAUCGGCAGCGAAUCAACUGAGUAGCAGUUUGAUGCGAAGUAACAUCGGUUUGAUAUCAAUCAAACCGACAUCCAAGCCGAAUUUAGUUGCAACUGCCGCCACUACUGCCGGUGGUGUUAAUAAGAUCUUAAAACUAACAUCCGAUUCACAACAACAACAAACCCAACAGCAACAUGAAACUGCUAAAAUCCAAUUUGAAAAUUCAUCGAAAAUCUCAUUACCAGGCUUAGUGAAUUUAGGAAUCUUGACGCCAACAUCACCGAAAAUUCAGCAGCAACAUUCGUUUCAACAGCAGCAGCAGCCGACGCAUCUGAAUAGCAAUGGUAACGGUAAUAGCGGUAACAAUCAGGGUAAUCAAGAUAAUCUUCCCCUCACGCCAAUCAGUCCAAAUGUAAGUAAAUCAGGUAAUGUGAGUUAUCUAACAGCUACCGCGGCAACAGCCGGGGGUGGUGGAGCGGAUAGCUUGAAUAACGAUGAAACGUAGCCUAUACUCAAGACGCUGCUUAUGAGGAAAAAGUAGCAUUUGCCGCACAUAUUAUUAAUGAAAAAAACUAUUCAAAUUUUAUUAAGAAUUUCAAUUGAAACAAACAAAAAAAAGAAAAUGAAGAAAAAAUGCUUUACAACUAUCCCUUGUUAAAUAGUUAAUAUCUACUCUUCGAUUUAUUAUUCCUCAUCUCUGUCGAUUUUCUUCAUCUGCACAUUUGUCUUUGAUUUUUUUGUAUGUUUUAAUGGAGUUCUUAGUUCCUAUGCCAACGAUGCUAUCAUUCUCCUACAGGGAUGUUUUCAGGUUAGUUUACACGCGUCAUAGUUGAUUUUGAACAGUUUAUUGUUUGGUUCCGUGACGGAAUUUCUGCUGGGUCUCGAUUAAUUUUUGAGAUGGGCAGAAUCGAAGCAGACUCCUUACUUUCCGGAGAAGCGCAAUGAGUCGUGUAGACGCCUGAGUGACAAUUUCUAGUCGGCUGUUUGGAAUGACUCGUUAUAUGAGAAAGAAAUAUGAAGCAUGGUUGGCAUAUUUUGUAUACGUAACGUAACUAUUAUCAUUGCGAAGUUGUUGAAUUCUUUCUCUCUCUAUCUUCAGAAUUUCAUUUGUUCUUUCUAUUUAAAAUUCUUUUCUGUAAAUAUGUAUUUCACGAUAUAUUUAAAUUUUAAAGAAAAAACAAAACUAAUACGCUAUUGAAGUCAUCAUUCAAUGAAAAAUGAGGUUGUUAAAAUGUUUUUAAACAUGUUCACACGCAUGCUAUAUAUAUUAAAUUGAAAGAAAUUGAGAAACGAAGAAUACAAAUGAAUAAUCUAAUUAUAUCUUUGCAAUUCAGUCACUCUCUGAUCACAUUCACAAAAAGCAGGAACCUUUUUUAAACCAAUAAUCACAACAUAACAAGUAAAACAGAAAAUAUUCAACCCGUACCCGGACUCGCUCCAAACGAAUUAUAUCAACUUUUUAUAUUAUAGUUGAAAGAUAUUUGCUAUUUAUUCAUCUAUUUCGGAUUUCUGGAUUUUGUGGUGUGAUUUGGUCUCUUUAUCUAUUAAUUUCCUCCUUUAAUUUCUUCUUAGUUUUCUCCUUUCUAUCCCCCAAUCUUGUUUGUUGAUGUUCUCCUUAAAGGAUCUAUUUGUUAACUAGAACUGAUUAAUUAGUUGAAAUUCUAAAAGAUGUGUAUGUCUGAACCAUCAGUUUCGUUGAGUGUAUGCCCAUUGCUCAUGGGAACUCAAGCUGGCAUACUUUCGAAAAUGGUUGAAUUUCUUUUUGAAUCGCAAGUGGAGUUUUUUGUUGUUUUGAAACGAAAUUAUUAUCUGGACAUUUGUUAAUUUUGGGGAGGGUAAUGAGAAGUCCUUUGUAAUAGGCUUGGAGGAGAGGAUAGUCAUUGCAAAACAUAACCAGUGGUAAUUUUUCUAAACGUUGCAACCAGCAUAAGUUGCAAGUAAGGCAAUCUAGAUCUGCUAAUGCCUUGUACCUACUACGACAUACCUUUUACUCGAUCUCAAAAAAUUAUUCACAUGAUUCAGCAAUAAAGGCUGUAUUUUAGGUAGGAAGACAGAUACAAUUAUUUGCUUACUUCUUGCGGCCUCAUUUGUGUUAACGUAAGGUAGAGUCCUCACAGAACGUAGAGCACAAAGUUCGCUUUGAUUCACACGUCAGUUUAGCAGUUGCACUGGUCUCGAUGAUUGAUGCAAUGUAAAGAAACCAACUUUAUUCUGGAGUUUCUUCUUAAUACAUAUAUAGCCCGCUCCAAACUUUGGUUUGCUGGCUAUGUUCCCUUCAAUCUUUUCUGAAUUUUUAUUUCUCGCUUCGACUAAUGGCUGCAAAUAAGAAAGUGUCACUUGUGAUGUUAGUUGCUGCCUGGGAUCAAGACUGUUCUGGUUACUGUUCGUCAACCUAUUCCAAUGUAGCGUUGGAAAAGCUUUUGUUUAUUACCUCUUUUAUUAAUGCUACGAUGCGUUUACUUGCCGUUUCGGGCAAUGAUGAUUAGCCAGCCAUAAAUAUGUAUAUUCGAUGUCUCCAGGGCGCAGAAAGAACAAUUUAUAUUCCUUUUCUUCGUUCGUCGCUGUCAAAAGUUGUUUGGCGACGUUCAAACUGUUGGUCAGUAAUCUCAAUUCGCGGGGCUUUUCAGUCAGGAUCGCAGUUGUAUUAUGCGCAUCAUCAUUGACAUUGGUUUCCAUUUGUGUGACGGUGUUAGUGCAUCUGGACGCGUUUGAUAUAGGAAUUUUCCAGCUUGGUGCCAGUUCCUUGUCUGGACCUAUGGCAAGGCACAUAUUUAUAGGGUUUUCAACGAGAGCGAAACUUGCAAUUUUUAUGCUUUUGUUCUUGUAUGGACAGAUUUGAUAUAGUGCGAAUUACGGGAAUACUGAAGGAAUGCGCUUGAAGUUAUUUGAAAACACAACACUGUGGUCUUUACUCACACAGUUGAAUUGCCAUCCAUUGCGUUAAAUAUUCGAGUUUUCAUGGAAACGGAAAUGUUAAAGAAGACAUUUGAGUUGGUCCCGGCUUUCGUACGCAACUGAAUUUCUAACUUAAGGGGAGGUGAUGGAGAGGCACAAUAUCUUUCAACUUUGAGUAAUAUUAGGAUGACGCAAAGUCCGGCUUAUGUGCGGUUUGUGCAAAAAGUUCAAUCGUGUCGAAUUGUUUGACCUUUUCGUGCAUCGUUUGACUGAGAUGUGAAAUGUAGCGUUGUGCAAGGCUGUGUGGCUGCAGAAGGAUGUAAAAUUUUCAGUUGACUAAUGCUGGAUAUUUUCUAUUCACUUGUGCAUACGUUCGGUUGAUAUAGUCACGAUAAAGACUUGUAUAGACACCCUAGGCUACUUGUUCUGCUUGUUUCUGCGAUCUCUCGAACUUAUGUCAGUUUUCACGAAUUCUUGUAUUUGAUAGGAGAACAAUGGUACGACAAGUGGUUUUGGCUUGAACAGAAGCAAUUCGUCAGACGAUCUAAAUUCUGCCUUGGGGGCAGUGUGACCGUAAGUCGAAACCAGGUGUUGUUUGCUUGUUAUUAAUUCGCGCUGGUAUUGAGAGAUUAAUGGUUAGUGUAUUACCAUUGUGGGUAGUCAGGGAAACGAAUGUGGAUUCUACAGCUAAAACCGUUUUUUGCGCCAUCAGUCUGGUCCGCUCUGCUUAUCAAAUUAGGAUAAAAGGAUCAGUGGGUUUUUCUUUUUAAUGAAGAUUUUUUUCUGUUAUCAGAUAGGAAGCAGGUCCGCCUAUCUCUUUAAUUAAAUUAUCUUUCGGGUGUCACUUGAGAGGAAAUUAUCUCAGUAGCUUCCAGGAAUCGGUUUCAAUAUCUAUGUCAACAACAAAUUUGAGGUUUAUUUCCAUAACUGUUGCACCAAGGUUUUUGAAAGGAAUAACGCCAUAUUUUCUAGGUUUUUAUAAAUUUAUUAUAGUCCGUCAACAUUUUGGAUAGACGUCUUCAACAAGUCACAUUACGAAGUAUUCUCCAUUGAGAAGUCCCCUCGCCUUUGAGUUAAUGUCUAAGUUUAAAUUCCACACUUUUACUAGUUUUCUCUUCAAGAGCAUUUGAAAGCACAAAUACAGCUAAAAGCUUAUUUAGUGGAAACAAAGUGACGAUUUGUGCAAUAUAUAUUUUUUAUUAUUUACUUUUGAAAUCAAUCGUUAUAUUCUCUAUUUAUUGACCAAACUUAUUACAUUGUUUUGUAUAUAUUAAGUAUAAGUUUAUCCUUUUGAAUUGGAUCCUAUAUUACUUUCCUCGACUAACUGGAAACAAAAUGAAAACAACCCGAAAAUGAAAUUCGCAAAACAAAAAUUGAUAUUGUCAGAAUAAACCCUAGUGAAUUAAAAUAAUAAGAAAAACCUCAAAGAGCUACAAAGAUCGGAAGAAGAAAAGCAAACAAAACUGAUUGUGGCGAUUGAAUAUUGAAACUAUUCAAUAAAAAAAAAUACAAAACCAAACAAUCUAGUGAAAUUUUUGGAUCGAAAUUAUUACAAAAGGAAAAGUACAUUAAAAAAAAAAUAAAAAUUGCAAUAUGUCAUUGUUUCUUGCAUGAAUGUGUAGUAAAUGUGUGUCUCUCAGAAGUAAACAAAGAAGAAAAACAGAAAAAAAAACAUUUCCUUGUUGUCUUUACUAAUAGUAAGUGAAAACUUUGAAAAAAGAUUAAAAAUUGCAUGUAAUAAGCAAAGCAGAAAGUCGAGUAAAACUGUUAAAAAAAACAAAGGACAUAAACACGAAGAAAUAAUAGAAACACGAAGCAAAAGUGUUUUUUCUCCAAGUUCAAUCACAUCCACGGAUGGCUAAAUGAAGAAAAGGGUAUAGCUUAAUUCAACACGAUUUGCAUUAUUGCGCCACAUUCACACAUUUGAAGCUGUUCGUCCUGUUUUUUUCGUCGUUUUUCAUGCCAAGUUGUUUUGUUUUUAAGAAAACUCUAUCAAUUUAAUUGUGUGAUUUCAACAAAGGCCGAAUAGUUAUGGUGGGCGGUUAGUUUAAAUAUUUCUAUUGGUUUCCAUCAGGUUCAGAUAUUGAUCACUACAUUCCAGUGAAUGUUUUGAAUUUCUUGUUGCACUUAACUCACAUGUUUUAGAUACAUUGUGUUUUGUUUGGAAAUUUUGUGAAGUACACAAUGAUUAUAGUCAUCGUAGAUAUCCAAUGAAUCCUUCAUCUCAGCAACAAGAGUUAGUUUUACGUGAGAAAAAGUUUCAGGGUUUUAUCGGCACGUUUGAUUGAUCAACGAUAGAUAUCUGCACUUUGAAUCAAUAGAAAUACUUAAACUUUGUGAAAAUGAUUUUUUUUUUAUUAAUUAUUGAUGAUUUGUAGUUGAAUAACUCUCGGGCAUGAGUAUGUAAUACUAAUUCAGUUCGAAAAUGAUCGACUAUCGAGUUUUUGGACAUUGAUUGUUUCCUAGUUUUCAAUUUGGCAAAUUGAAUAGAUAACUUGUAACUAUGCAAAAUAAUAAGAUAAUGUCGUGACGACCUCCUAGUUGAAAGAAAUUUGUAUCGUAAUGAAUAGAAUGGAAAUGUGGUAAUCGUAGUAAAGUAAUACGCUUAGUUAAGACAUAAAGAAAAGCAAAAAAUGAGUAGGAUUUUGCUAAAUAUACACUUCCUUCGGCAAUGGAAGAAAUUGGGAAAGUGAUAGCGAUAAUAUUGAAUGCAUCAGGUUGAAUCGCAGUUAAUUUUUUGUAUUCUCCGGUAGUGGCUUCAACAAAUUUUCUCAGUCUUAAUAACAUUGUUGGACGGUUACUACUGUCCCAUUCAAUCGCUCCUACUUCCUCUUUCAAUGAACCCAUUGUCGGAUAAUACAAAAAACAAAUUGAUGAGCGACACACUCGUACGAAAUGGAUGGUCGUAAGCUAAUUACUCCUCAAUUGAAUUUCAGUCUAAUUUAUUUACAUAAAAGUAUGUUAACUUUCCUCGCUCUAAGACUCUAGGAAAAUUAUGAACAUGAAAACUGAGGAAAAAAAUUCGAUAAAAAGCACAUUUUAGCUUUCUCCGCUGUUAAAAUAUUUUUUUUUUCGAAGACUUCUUCGCCUAGUCACUAUUGUAGGUAAAAAGUAAUGUUAAAAAAAAAAUUAAAUAAAAAAAAUCAUAAAAAAAUCAAAGAAACUAAUUGAGAUGAUUCAAACAAACAGGAAAAAUGAAUAAAAUCAUGCAUUGUUUUCUAGUGGAAAUAUACAUAUUUAUUUUGUUAUUUUUGGUUUUUACAUUAUUUCAACAUAGGUAACACCUUUCAAUAUUCAACUUCUAUGAAUGCUUUUUCUUUUUUCCAUUUUCGCCAUUCACUAUAAUCGGACGCAUUUCCUGCAUCAAUGUUCUGACAGAUUAUUUAACUUCCUAACAAUUAUCAUGCAAAUAGUCAUGAAAAACGUUCAAAUCUAGGAAUUUGUCACUGUAAACUUUUUAAUUGACUAAUAUCCGUUAAUGAAUCAAUGUCAAAUGAAUUUUUUUUACUCCUGUGUUUCAUUUGAAUGUAAUACAUACGCAUCUACACCAUACAUCCAAUAGAUACCCCGACGAAUACAUAUAAAAGUAAUGUGUACUAAAUUGAUCAUGUCGUUGUUGUAACAAAGAAAAGAAGAAAAAAAUAAGUAAAGCAUAUAAAUAUUACUAUAGUAAGCUAAAGUAAAUGGAAUGGCUAAAAAGGAAAGCGUGUACUGUAAUCCAAUAGUAAUUGAUUUUCUUUUUCUUGGAAUAUUUACAUUAAAUAAAAAGAAAGCAACCCAACCUGUAUAAGAAAAUAAAACUAAAAGCAAGAAACUUUCACGGAAAUGGAAAACAUAAAAUAAGAUUUGAAAAAAAAACAGAAAAAAAAAAAUAAUUUUAAUCGUAUAUAAGACUGCUGUAUUGUUCGUAAUAAAAAUAUCUUAUUAUAUUUAAAUUAUUUAAUUUAAUUAAAUAAAUGGAAUAUAUAAAAGUAAAAACUAGCAAAAAUUAAAA